UUUGUGAAAUACUUUCAGUUCGUCUUGGGCAAGCGAACGAACACACAGUGUGCCAUCGAGUGUAUCAAAUCCUCGCGCUGUCGUUCCUUCAACUUCAAUGUGGUGAGCACACGCUGCGAGCUCAACGACGGGACGCAUGCCGAGUUCCCAGACGACCUGAUUGACGAACAGGAUAUGUCGGAGUACCACACGCACAGCGCCUACUCCAUCGCUCAGGUAAAUCAAUCAACAACAAUUAUUGUUUUGUUCUAUAAUUUGUUUUGGCAAGUUUUCAACGACGGUCGCAACUGCAUAAGGUCAUAUGAGAGCGAGUGGGACACAUUAAACAUGUUCAGUGAGGCGCUGGGGCCGUGCAGUGGCGACCCGUGCAACAGUCAUGGCCGUUGUCUGGAGACCAGAGAUGUGUCGGGUCACGUGACUGCGAUGUGUUUGUGUGACGUAGGCUGGGGAGGAAGUGCCUGUGACAUAGGAGACGCUGGCCCCCAGUGGGGAGACUGGAUGGACUGGAGUUCCUGCUCGGUCACCUGUGAGAAAGGUUGGAGGUCAAGACAACGCCGCUGCGAGGAUUCAAACUCUGGAGCUUCACUCAGCUCCUCGCAAUGCUUUGGGGCGGACAAGGAAUAUGGACUUUGUCAACUUCCUGAUUGUCCUCGUUGGAAGACCUGGGGCGAGUGGGGCGCGUGCAGCACUGAGACCACAUGUGGGCGUGGCUUGAAGACAAGGAGGCGGAGCUGUGGGGGCGGGGGCACUGUGGGCGUGGACAGGUUCUGUCUGGGAUUGGACAACGAGACGGCGCCCUGUGACAGCGUGGCUUGUGACGGUCCCAUCCGACUGUCUGGCGGGGAGGCGGCCGGGGAAGGCGUUGUGGAGUUGUAUGACAACAUCCGGGACACUUGGAGACUCGUCUGUGUGAGUCAGGCCACGCCCCACAUUGCUGACGUCAUCUGUCGGCAGGCAGGGUGGCCCGGGGGCUUUGAAGUGAUCGGAGACGGCCGGUUUGGGUCAGGAGGCGGUGACUUCGGGCUGACCAGCGUGACGUGUGCCGGCGACGAGCCGCGAGUCCUGCAGUGUCAGCACAACGUCUGGGAAAGUGGAAGCGGGCUGUGCGGGGACGGGAAUGUUGUGCCUCUCGGUGUGCAGUGUAAUGUCAACGGCGUCUGGAGCGUGUGGGCACCAUGGAGCGAGUGUGACGUCACGUGUGAGAACGGCACACGGGUCAGGACACGAACCUGCGACCACCCGGCGCCGAGUCACAACGGCAAGCCCUGUAAGGGAGAGGAUACGGAGUUCAAACCUUGCACCCUGCCCAUGUGUCCCAUCGACGGAGUGUGGGAGCCAUGGUCGGACUGGUCCAGUUGCUCGGAGACGUGUGGCAACGGUACGCAGUUCAGAUCCCGAGCCUGUUUCGGGCCGUUUUACGGCGGUCUUGACUGCAGCGGGGAUGCCGAGGACUCUCGCUGGUGCAAGGACAGAGAGUGUCCCAUCGACGGGGUGUGGGAGCUCUGGUCCAACUGGACACUGUGCUCACUCAGCUGCGGCAACGGCACGCGCACCAGGAGCCGCGAGUGCACUGGGCCUUUCUACGACGGUGCGCCGUGCCCGGGUGAAGGUGAUGAGCUGGAAGCCUGCAACACGCACAAUUGUCCCGAACUGUGGGUUACGCUGUGUGUCUUCUCUCCACUAGUGGACGGCGAGUGGUUGUCCUGGCGAGCGUGGGGCGGGUGCUCCAGCUCGUGCGGCGGCGGCGUGCAGACGCGGGUGCGACACUGCCAGCAACCUCUGCACGGCGGACUCGUCUGUGACGGCAACGGCGAGGACUCGAGGGCCUGCAAUGAGCACAACUGUCCCAGUGGGUGGCACGGAUGGGUCACCGAAAAUGAACUGUUAAUAUUGAAGGAACAGUUGGGUCCAAAGAGUUAUUGUUCAGUGAACUUGCACGAUGGAGAACGUCUAGAGCUUCUGAUAGACCGAUUCCCCACAACCGUUUCAGUCGACGGCGUGUGGAACACCUGGUCCUUGUGGUCCGCGUGCUCUGUGACGUGUGCCUGGGGCACCCAAUGGCGGAACCGGACGUGUGAGGGUCCCUUCUACGACGGUCAGCCAUGUGAGGGGGAGGACAACCAGACACAGGCCUGCCACCCGCGAAAGUGUCCAGGUAGGGCGCAAAAACUUUGUCUGUGGUACCUCCAUGUUUACCGUGCAUUCCGCAAGAACCUCUUCUUUGUUACCAAACGUUACAAAGAUUACCGUACGACAUUCCGCCAACACCUCGGAUUUAUUAUCUUCACGUAUACCUUACAUUUCGCAAAGGUCUCGUCCUUGCUUUACUAUGUAUACCUUAUAUUUUAUGAAAGUCUCCUCUUUGUUGUCUUCACAUGCUUGCCGUUCUCAGUUGACGGCCAUUGGAUGGACUGGGAGAGCUGGCAGGCGUGCAGUGUGUCUUGUGGUGGCGGCAUGCGCAUGCGCGAACGUGACUGCUACCAGGGGCUGCACGGCGGCAAAAACUGCACAGGCAGCGACACAGAAGACGGAGUGUGUAACGAACAGUCCUGCCCAGGUAUCCAGCAGUACACAUCUGUGAAGACUCGAACCCUGACCCUUCAUCUCUCCAACUUCCCUGCCCCCUAAGUGGACGGUCAGUGGCUGGACUGGUCAGGCUGGGGUGAGUGCUCCCUCACCUGUGGCACGGGCACGCAGUGGCGCGAACGGGACUGCCUGGGGCCCUUCCAUGGCGGGAAAAACUGCAGCGGCAACAGCACAGACGAUCAACCGUGCAACACUCACCACUGUCCAGUGGACGGCGUGUUCCAGCCGUGGUCCGAGUGGGAGGAGUGCUCGUUGACCUGUGGCGGGGGUCAGAGGUCACGCAACAGGACCUGCCUGGGCCCGUUCUACGGCGGCGCUCAGUGUCCUGGGGAGUGGGACCAGACAGAGGACUGCAACACUCAGAACUGUCCUGUUGACGGGAGCUGGAAGCCCUGGUCUGCCUGGUCUUCGUGCUCUGUGACGUGUGGCGGAGGUGAGCGGGAGAGACAGAGAGAGUGUGACGAGGCCCUGCACGGGGGAGAGAACUGUACCGGGCCAGGCUGGCAGAACCAGACCUGCAACACUCAUCACUGUCCCGUUGACGGCGUGUUCGAACCGUGGACCGCCUGGUCUGACUGCUCCACCACAUGCGGAGGAGGCGUGGCCUGGCGUAGCCGCAACUGUACCGGCCCCUUCUUCCUAGGGAAAAACUGCACGGGCGACUGGGAGCAGACGAUGGCGUGUAACGAGCACAACUGUCCAGAGGACGGAGAAUGGGUACCGUGGUCACCGUGGGGUCAGUGCAGCCUGACGUGUGGAGGCGGUGAACAGACCAGGGAGCGGACCUGUAACGGCACGCUCUAUGGCGGGAAAUACUGCCAGGGUGACCACAACGAGACCAGGCAUUGUAACAUCCACCCUUGUCCUGUUGAUGGUUUCUUCGGUGAGUGGGCGGAGUGGAGCGAAUGCUCUCUCACGUGCGGCGGGGGCACUCAGUGGAAGAACCGCACGUGCGUGCCGCCACUCUACGGAGGUCAAGACUGCCAGGGUCCAUCCAACGUCACACAAGACUGCAGUACUCACCCAUGUCCAAUUGACGGCAAGUGGCUGGAUUGGUCGGAAUGGUCUGGCUGUAACGUGACAUGUGGGGGCGGACUGAAGGAACGAACCCGGGUCUGUCAGGAACCACAGUACAAAGGGGCCCCGUGCGAGGGACCAGCGGCAGAAUAUCUCGUCUGCAGCGAGAACCUCUGCCCAAUUCCCGGCGACUGGUUCCCAUGGACAGACUGGACCCUGUGCUCUGUCACGUGUGGAGGCGGGACGCGGACCAGGGAGCGCGAGUGUGAUAUGACGUCAUACGGUGACCUCACCGCGCCUUGCGAGGGCCCGGAGUGGGAGCAGGUGGAAUGCCACACCUACGACUGCUUACCUUACGGUAUACCAAAUAUGUCUUACUUUACGUAUAUCAGUGUUUUACCAUCGCGCACGUGCACGGAACUAGGCGAGCGGGGUCUGUCUGACGACGCCGAGGUGGAGAUUGACCCGGACGGUCCAGGGAUCAUGAGCCUGGAGCCGGUCAGCGUGUUCUGCGACAUGCAAUCGCACGAUGGUAUUGGGGUCACGGUCAUUGGCCACGACCAGGAGAACCGCCACCAGGUACAAGGCUACGAGGGCGCCCGUGAGUACGAGAUGGAGCUCAUCUACAACAUCUCCUUCGAGCACGCGGUCAACGUGGUGGAUCAGUCAGCAUACUGUGAGCAGUACAUCAGCUGGGAGUGCAAGGACGCGCUCAUCCACAACUUCAACGACAACAACAGAGUCACCACCGGCUGGCUCAACAGCCCCCAACUGUCCACGCCCCCAUACGGAGGUGACGUCACACGGGAACGUCCUGUGAAGAACUCAGGGUUUUCCUCGGGCGCCACCAAGCACAGGAUGUGUGGGGCGGAAACUCGGCGAGAGGACACACUUGUGUUGUUAGCCCAGGCUGGUAAAUACUGGGACAACAGAUGA